CCCACCCUCCACCUCCAAAGAGCUCGAGUCUUUGCGGUCGCGGCGGCUGCUGCUCCUGCUGCCUCAGGUUGGAAUUGGAGAUGCCUUGUCUUACUCUCAGGACAGAACCAUGAAACCAGCAGCACCGGCGGUCCACGAUGCUCCCAAUCCGCCGACGGGCGCCGCCUCAGAGCCUGCCACUGUCCGCCAUCCCCGGAGCCGACGUGCAACGCAGCGCGGAGUUGCUCCUGUUUGCGGCGAUCAGAGGGAUACUGGAGCGGCGGCACAUCUCCGGGAGUGGGCGAAGGAAGAGCCGCAGCCGCCAGGCCCUCUUUUUCCCCGGAAAUGUGCAGGAUUACCAUGAAAUUAUGACUCGUCAUCCUGCGAAUUACCAGUGGGAAAAUUGGAGUCUAGAAAAUGUUGCCACAGUUUUAGCUCACCGGUUCCCCAAUAGUUAUGUUUGGGUAAUAAAAGUGCUCCCGAAUGCAUUUGCACAAAUUCAGCUGCCAUGAUAGUUUUCUGAAAAGUAACAUGUUUGGUUUCCAAAAACACAAUACUGACUCUGGAGCUUUUAAGCACUUUUAUAUUUUAUUGAUGCUUUUAAGUCAGAAUAGUUUAUUAAAUAAAAAUUUGAGUGAUUGGAAUAAGGACGCCACAGGA